AUGUCACGGAUUCUGGGCAAGGUGGUCGUUGUCAUUGAGCUUUCCCUCCGUAAGGAGGAGGAGGUGCGGGUUAAGGUCAAGUGCCUCGACUCCGGCAAGCUGCGGGCCACCAUCCGAGUCUUCUUCAACGACCAAGGUUUCGACCUCCGCAUUGCUCCCGAGCCGCCUAACCAUGUGGGUCGCCCUCGCUUCGCUGACGACGCCCCUCCCGGUGGUUGCCCUGGCCCUAGCGACGACUAUCACGGUCGCCACCACCCCCGCUCCCACCGCUCCGACGACGAGGAUGGAUCGGAGGAUAGCCCCUCCCACUCCCCUUCAACGGCGCCCCGUCCUUCUACCUCGACCCAGGGGGGGCGACCGACCGGUCGGUCCCUUGCGGCCCUGCCUGAGGGGCUCCUCCCGCUCCUGCCCUCAUCUCCGAUCACGGAACCGCGCUGGCUAGCGACACUUCCAGUGUCGGGCUCGUCGUCAUCCCAGCGUCCUCACCUCGCUCUCCUGACGCGAUGGACGCGCCUCCCCCGUCCAGUCCGGCGGCCCCUUCUCCCGCUCCUGCCCUCAUCUCCGAUCACGGAACCGCUGGCUAGCGACACUUCCAGUGUCGGGCUCGUCGUCAUCCCGGCGUCCUCACCUCGCUCUCCUGACGCGAUGGACGCGCCUCCCCCGUCCGGUCCGGCGGCCCCUUCUCCCGCCCUGGGCUCCUCCCCGGUCCAGCCUGAAGCUUCUCCGCCGGCUUCCCCCCGCCCCGCGGGACUCAUCCCCUCGCCCGCGGUUCCCGAGGCCCCCGCCGUGGUGCCUCCUCCCGCGUCUCCUGCUGUGGUCUUCGAUGGGGAGCGGCCUACUUCACUACUUGUCCAGAUGGCUUCUCCUCCGCCCCCUACGGCAUUCCAGGCGCGGGUGGGGCGGGACGUGGCGCUGGCGGCCGCUUCCCCGCCUGCCUCUCCUCGCCUUCCUGCUGUCUCCCCCUCGACGACGACUACUGCUGGGUGUGGGGGCACCUCCGCGCUGGCUACCCCUCUGGCGGCGCCCCCUCACCCACCGCGGUCCACGGCCUAUGCCAGGCGCGGCCGGUCGACGUCGACCCCGGUGACUUCCUCGCGGCGCAGUGCCCGGAUCGACGCUGCUCGCCCGGUUGGCAGCCCCGCCCUUCCCAUCUCGGAACGGGCUGAGCUCCGGGCUGCAGCACGUAACCUCGAGCCAGGUACCCCGGUCAUCCCUCCUUCUUCUGCUACAUGUUCUUUCUCGGCGUUGGAGUCGGUCCCACUUGGGACAUCUUGCCAAGGUCGCGUCCGACUCUGA